UUUUCUUUCUCUAGAUCUAUAGAUACAUAAUAAAUCUGUAUCUAUAUAUCUGAGAAUAAGAGAUUUUUUUAAUUUUCAAAACCCUAACUGAAAAAUGCACGCUCACCUACCGCAUCCAGUUACUCCGGCCACCUCCGCCGCCUUAUCCGAAGCACUCCUUUCUAAAAAAGGAAAGCGCCGUGGUAAUUACAACUGCGGCCGUUGCGGUCAACCUAAAAAAGGACACGUCUGUCACCUUCCUCCGCCGUCUUCAUCCGCGACCGUCGUCGAUGAUUCUAUCUCAUCCGCCGUCGCUACUCCGACCGAUUCCGUUACUUCUUCCGUCACCGUCUUCCGAUCCGGAUCCGAAACCAGAUCCGUAUCCGAAAGCAGACCCGGAUCCUCACCGUUCCCGUUAUCCGUUCUCCGUCCAAACCGUCCGUUUUCUAAUCUCCGACGAGCCUUAUCCUUUGACGAUAUCGACGAGGCAACCGAGUCCGAUAACGGCGACGACGUGGACGAUGCUGACGUGGAAUAUAACGAAGAAGACGAUGACGUGGAGGUCGUUGAUUUUGGAUCUGGUGAGUUACCAGUGAGUUGUUUAUGGGAAAUAAUGAGAAGGUUGCCGCCGGUGACGCUUUUAUCGGCGGCGAAAGUGUGCAGAGGAUGGAGAGACGUCACUAAAAGGUUAUGGAAAGCUGCUGAAGAACUUCGACUUAAAGUUCCGGUAAAAACUCAGAUCGGAUUUGUUGGAUCUCUUUUGCAAAAAUGUCCAGCUCUUGUUAGACUUUCACUCACUAUGGAAAGUGACAUGGAUUCAACAAUGCUGGCUUGUAUUGCAUUUGCAUGUCCGAAUUUGGAAUCGUUGGAAGUGUUUACUUGUGAAGGCGCCGUUAAUCGGAUUACUGGGGAUGAAUUGGGUCGUUUUAUUGCUGAUAAGCGUUAUCUUACAAGUCUUAAGAUGGAGGGAUGUUCUAACCUUGGAAAUGUUGUUCUCUGUUCCAACUCUCUCUCCACUCUCUGGCUUUCAGAUCUUCAGUCGCUUUCGAAGAUGGUUUUCAACCUCCCCUGUUUGAAUGAGAUAUCACUUGAUUUUUCUCGUCAAGAGAAUGACAACACUGAUCUUGUUACUAUGAUGGAUGGUCUUGGACGGAACUGCCCCCGAUUGAGGAAUAUUCACAUUGCUUCUCUUCAACUGUCUCAUGCUGUUGUGCUCUCGCUUACCGCCGCAAAUCUAAGGGGCUUGCGAAUGCUAUCACUUGUACUUGGAUCAGAAAUUACCGAUGCAUCAGUUGUUGCAAUUUCUAAAUGCUACUCAAAACUUGAAUUGCUUGACCUCAGUGGGUCUAGCAUAAGUGACAGUGGUAUUGGGAUGAUAUGCAAUGUGUUCCCUGAUACUCUUACAAGACUUCUCAUUGCUUUAUGUCCCAACAUCACAUCAAGUGGUAUCCAGUUUGCCACAGCCCAAUUGCCUCUUUUGGAACUCAUGGAUUGUGGGAUGACAAUAUGUGAUUCAGAUGCACAAGAUCCGAUUCAUGAGAGAAACUAUGGUUCUGGAUUUCAAAUAUCACCAAACAGAAAGUUACAUCUUAUACACCAGAAGCUGUUUAUAAAACAUGCUCGCUUAAAAAAGCUAAGCCUCUGGGGUUGCUCUAGCCUUGAUUCACUGUAUCUAAGUUGCCCAAAUCUUGGUGAUCUGAACCUGAACUCUUGCAAAAACCUGCUUCCAGAAAAACUAGUAUUGCAAUGUCCCAAGCUGGAAAGUGUGCAUGCCAUCGGUUGCCAAGAUUCAUUGAUCCAAGCAGUUCAAACUCAGGUUUCCAGUGAUUCUGUUCCUUUAGAAAACCGUUAUUCAAGUAAAAGAAUGGCUGAUGGUUCAAAAAGAGUUGGAAUUCCGUUCAACUAUAACCAACAGUCACCAUAUGUUGGCAAAAGCAGCUGGAAGGUUCGAAAGCGAAGGUGCACUGUGCUUGUGGAAUAAUGACAUGUAGGGAUCCACAUUAUUGGCUGUAAAACCUUAAAUCUGCUGCAGUGGAUUAUUCAUUCAAGGGGUGGAUGGGGUUAUGUUAUAAACUGUAUCUGUUCUACUACAUAUGAUCUGUUGUGUUGUUAUUAACAGACUGAAGAACCUAUUAUUGAUUAAUGGGUUGUUUAUCCAUUUAUUAAUUUACAAAAAAUUCAUGGGAUAAUAAAAAAACUAUGGUAUCCCCAAUGCCAUUUCAAUAAA